UUGGUCACUUCGUCCUCGAACGUCGAGCUCGGUCACUCGGUGUCGGUCUGUCGAUGGUCGGCUGGCUCGACAACCGCUGUGAUAUUUAGCCGUACUCGGCCAAGUUUUAAAAUCUACAAUUAGUUUGAGAUGACAAAGAACAACAGGUUGCGCGCCAGCAAGUGAUCAUGGGUAAACGUGGUAAAACGGCGGCCAAUCACCAGUUUCAAACGGGAUUUGUGCAUGAUAGGUCACGAUCAUUCUCGUUCGAUUCGCCUGAUUUCUUACACCGGCACCAUCGACGUGGACAAGGCAACGUAGUGUCUCGCUGCUCGUUCUUGGGAAACAAAGGCAAGAUGUACCCGUGCAUCGCGAACACGUCCCGAGUGGAUACUUCGUACAACAGAUCGUCGCCGUGUUACAUAGUUCCCAGCACGAAGCUGAAAAACGUGGUCUGCAUCUUCUGCAAAAGCAAGUUCUACGUGCCAGACAUAUCAAACCUGAAUCUCAAUGGGUCGAUAUCGAAAGGAACUCUAAUACCUCUGCUGUUGGAUUGUGGACAUCCAGCAUGCAGUAAAUGUUUCAAUCUAAACAAAAUUAAAUGUUGCCCUUUAUGUAAUAAAGUUGGUGUGGAUAACAUUCAGCCUUUGCUUCCAUUAAAUUUAUAUGCGCUAGGACUGAUUAUUUCGUCUUCUCAUCGUCCACUGCAGAUUGACGAUGAAGAGUUCUUAUUUUGUCACAAAUUAUCUGCACAAUCACGAGAUAUAGCAAAUAAAGGAUGUUGUCAUGAAUGUGGGACUCGGGCUAAUAUAAAGUGUCUGCAAUGUAAAGUUCUCUAUUGUUCCUGCUGUUAUUCAAAAAUCCAUGGAAGGGCAUUACAAAGUCACACACAAAUUCCAUUGGAUAAGAGAGAUAAUCCAGCUGUUAUCUUAAAUAGCUGUUCGCCCGAAUGUUCAGAAAUGUUAAACUAUUUUUGUAAUGACUGUAAUGUGGCUUGUUGUUCAAAUUGCACUUUGUGCUUGCACAAACUACAUAAUUAUAUAGCAUUAUCAGAGAAGAACUGGAGCCUGGUAAACGAAUUCAACGAGACUUACAUGAACAUCGAGGACACAAUGCUUCGAGUUUGCCAGACGAAAGAGAAAGUAAAUUCGGUGAUUACGUCCAAUAUUGACAACCUGCAAAAUAGCGAAGCCAUCGAGGCAUCAAUCACUCAACAUUUCGCGUAUCUGCACGGCAUUCUUCAAAACAUGGAAGCGAAAUUGAUAAAUCAGCUGCAACAGCAAAAUAAGGACCUCAAACUGAAUUUAGAAGGCAUACAAACACAGCUUAGAUCGCAGGAGGACAAGUUGAAGCUGACAAUGCAGAUGGCUAGAUACGCGAAAGACUUCUUCCACAAGGUGGACAUACGAAACGUAAUAAACAUCCUCACGGAUAUGGCGGAUCUCCCUUGCCAUCUGAUGUACAAAGAUGCGGGCCAGAACUACAAAGCAAAGUUUAUCAUCGAUGACUCAAUCAUUGAAGCUAUAGAAAAUCACUGUACACUCGAAGUGCCACUAGUCUCGGCCUACAGCCUUCUAAGAAAAGAUGAACUACCUAAGAAUUACAUAAUGUCGCCUUUACCAAAGAAAUCACGUACAAAAAUCAUUGAGAUACCGCCUGUACCAUCUAUAUUUGUACCAUCUAUAUUAUCUGCACAAUCAUCACCACGUGAAGCGUCACCAUCGACAUUCAUCAAGACAGAAGAUAAAGAGGAGGAAAGCAUUUCCGAGUUUAAAGUAGAGGUGUCGUACGCUGUUAAUCCAUCAUUGUUCUACGUCCAAAAAGUAGCCAUGAAAGCGGACUUUAUGCAGUUGGAGAAAGAAUUAUUGUCACACGGAAACAAAUGCCGGGAUCUGCCGAAUCCGAUUAAUAUUAAAGAAGGUGACAUGUGUAUCGUUGAACAAUGGAAAACCGGGUGGUACCGGGCACGCGUGAAGCUAGUGACUAAAAAUAAAAAUGGCGAAACGGUGUACAAUGUACUUUACAUAGACUAUGGUUACGAAGAGUAUAAUAUAAAAGCCUCAAGAGUGCGAGAAAUUGCUGAGCAUCUACAAAUAUUGCCACCGCAAGCAAUUCGAUGCAGCUUAUAUGGCAUCGUGCCCAAAAAUAUGAACAAAUGGACACACGAGAGCACGAACGAUUUCUUGAAACUGAUCAACGAAGCCGAUUGUACGAUGUCUGUCAUUAAAUCCACUCCUGACAUGCUGUACGUCGACCUGUGCUAUAUCCUAAGGAAUAAUAACGUGGGCCCACAGUCAAUGUGUAGCACUAUGAAAAUUAUGGACCACGCGCGUUUGGAUAUAACGCGUUCACAGAAAAAUACUUAUAUUUAUGAGAAAGAAGAACUUCCGUUAAAUAAAACAACAACAGUUAAUGUUACUUGGAUUGAGUCACCACACGAAAUUUAUGUCUCUAAGGCUGUCUUAAAAAAUAAGUUUUUGAAAUUAAGAGAUGAUAUGAAUGAAUAUUACAACAACAAGAAAACAACUGGAGUGAAAAUAAUUGAAACACCACAGAAAGGUUUACCAUGCGCUAUACAAUUGGACGACGAUAUCUGGUAUCGCGGUGAAAUCACUGAAGUAGUUAAUGAAAAUCAAGUUAGAGUAUUUUGCGUGGACUGGGGACGUACCUUGCUUCAAAAUCGCGACGCAUUACGAGUGAUUCCAUUUGAAUACAUCAACUUUAAGAUGCAAGCUAUAAAAAUAUCGUUGAUGUAUAUAAUGUCUCAACCUGAUGGGACAUGGAAACGGGAAGCUUGUGAAACUUUGAUGACUCUUUUCAAUCAAGCAAGGUGUAUCACGGUGAAUCCAAAGAAAAAAACAGAAGACGGAUACCAUGGAUUGAUGCACAACGAUAUGUCGACUGUCGACAUCAGUCGUCAGUUAAAAACCGCAGGCGUUGUUAACGAUUAUGUUAUUAUGAACAAAUUUAAGAACAAAUCUAAAAAAUCAAGUUUAGGAUACGGAACAGAUUUAAGGAUGCCUAAGUUCAGGGAAAUCUUGAAUCCUUCAAUACUGGAAAAAUCUGAUACUACUGUCAAAGACUUCGGUAUUUCACUGGAUGAGACCGUGACUAAUAAAUCGGAAAAAGAUGACACGCUCAAAGAUCCGUUCAAGGUAGAAGUGCGUAUUCAACGAGUGCUUACACCGGACUGCAUCUUCGUUGCGCAGACGGAAUAUGAAAAAUCGAACACGAAAAUGAUGUCGGCGAUGCAAAAAUUCUACGAUAACUUUCUUUCCGCACCGCGGAGCAAUUGGAAAGAAGGCGCAUUGUGCGCUGUUUAUUCCGCAAAGGAUAAGUCCUACUUCCGCGCAAAAAUAUUGAAGAUAAUAUCUACAACAGAGGUGUUAGUUUAUUUUUACGACAUGGGUAUCGAGGAAACGGUGACGAUGCAGGAUAUACAAAUCCUCCAUUCGAAAUUCGCGAAGGAAAUGACAUACUGUUUUAAGGUGAAGCUGGCUGGUAUCCUACCAUGUGGUGGAUCAGCCAUGUGGCCGACGUUAUCCUGCACAAUACUGUCCGACAUUAUACGAAACAAUAUGUAUUGCAAAUUUUACAUCACUAAACCGAUUCAAGAAGAAGUUUUGGAUGACGUGAUACCUGUUGUACUUUGGGUAAGACAGUCUAAGGUACCAGGACCAUUAGCGCCGACUAGAAUAGAGGUCAAUUCUAUCAACCGAAUGUUGGUGGAUGAGGGUGUCGCUUUGCCCAUUAAGAACUACUUCGCACAAGCAGAUUCAAUUCUCGCUGCAGAAUUUAAACAGCAGUUAGAGAGUAGUAAUUGGGUCACGCCGUUCAAUGAAGAAGUAAAGUGGUUUAACAAAAUGGACGAGAGUGAAAUGGAUGAUACGAUUAUAUCGCAUCAAACUGAUAUGUCAAAUUGUAAUAAUACUGAUAUUUUAAACACUUCAUUUGUGAGUACCAUUUGCGAUACGACGAUAAAUACCGAAUGUGCGGUAAAGUUCUCGGACUGGUUACCACCAAAAGAAAUAACGGAGGAAGUGUUUCAUGCUAUACCAACAUAUGUGGAUAACAAAUGCGUCGUGUAUUUGCAUCCUAAGAAAAGUAAUGCUGAUGUGCUGCAGUAUAUAGAGUCCGAGUUGCAAAGUCAUUAUAAAAAGGUUAAAAUAAACAAACACAAAAUAUGGAAAGAGGGAGAUUUAUGUAUCGCCCAAUAUCAUCAGAACCAAAAAUGGUACAGGGGUAAAAUUGUAAAAGAUUUAGGAAAUAUAUUGCAGGUGGAAUUUGUCGAUUAUGGCAAUGUGGAAGACUGCGAGAGACAACAUGUAACGGAUCAUAUUAGACUGGGACAUAUUCCUAUCCAAUGCACAAAAUGCAUCAUAAGUGGACUAAGACCGGCAUCGCCAAAUGGUAAAUGGAUGUUGCAUGAUCUAGACCGCAUACACGCGCUCCUCGUGGAUCAGGAUUGCAAGGUGUCCAUUUUACAGCGCCAGUCCGCAUAUUUAAUUGUAUCGAUAACAUUAUUACGGCCAUGGAAAUGUGAUCUUCUGUUAUAUCUUGUAAAUCACAUGAAUAUGAGUAUCAAGGUUGAACGUAAAGAGUGGAAUGAUUCGGACAUUUCCGAAGAUGAAAAUUCGAAUUUGGACUCUACCAGAGAUGUUGUGAUUGAAGAUACAAUAAGCGAUUGCGAGAAGCUAUGCAUAGCCGAUAUUUCCAAAAAAUCUACCUUAGAAACAAAUAUGCAGGAUAUUACAUUAACCGAGAAUAUGAUGAGUGAUAAUGUAGCGGAAAUUUCAAAAAUGGAAUUGCUGGAUAAGCACAAGAGCAAACAAGCAUCCGACACUGAAAGCUCAUCUUCGAUAGACAUGAAUUUGACGAACGCGCAUCUGAUUUCUUCAACGCCGCACCUACAAUCGGAGGAAGAAGAUUAUUUUGUUUCAUACAAACGAUUGAUUAUUCCUCAAGAUAUAAAAUACAUUGAAUUAGUAUUAUUUUGCAACAGAGAUCCCAUCACUUCAUACGCGCAGCUGGCUGAAAAUAACGACGACAUAUUCUCUAAUGAGUUUCACGAAUAUUAUUUGCGAUACCAAUCCAUAAUGGCAGAGUUACAAACUGAUACUUGUUACCAACCAUUAAUUGAGACUUUUGCAAAAAAUACUCCAUGCAUUGCGAAAUUUACUGAUGAUAUGUGGUAUAGGUGUGUUAUCACGAAUAGCGAAAAAAUUCCAAACACUCCUUACGUAAAAAUUUCACUGUAUUACGUCGAUUAUGGUAAUCAUGAAGAUAAAAAAGUCCACGUACUCUCCAAAGACCACGAUUUACGUGUACCAAAGGAAGAAUGGCUGGAAUUACCCGCCAUGGUUAUCAAAUGCACAUUUUGGGGAUUAGAUUUCGUCUCCAACGAUAUUGAUUUGUUAGCGUCGAAAUUAGAUGAAAUAUACAAUCAAGCAGUUGUGGCCAAAGUUAAGGAUAUUAAUGAUGGAAAUAAUCUAGUGGUCGAACUAUAUAAGGAUAAAACAUGUAAGGAACUUUUUUAUGCUCAUUUAAUAGAAGAAGGUUUAUAUCGAUUUAAGUACCCAAGGAAGACCGAGGAUGACUGAUAGUUAUUUACGACUUCAAGUUUUUACUUAAACCACUGCAUUUAUUUUAUAUGAUUUAUAUUGAUUUAAGUAAAUCGAGAAGGAAUUCAUAACCAUGGAUAGUUCAUUUUUUAUACGUAUAAAAAAGGUUAUGAGUUUCUAAGACAAGCGUUAAAAUCUUAUUGUAAAAUCUCAUUUUAUAGAAAUACAUCACAUAUGUUAUUGUAUAAGAAAUAUUUUAUAUAAUUGUCUUUCUUACACUAACGUUGUGUACUCUUCGCAAUCUGUUCCUUUAGUACUAGGAUACUUUGUCUCUGCUCAGGCGGAAGCAUUGCAAUUUGCUCGUCUGACAAUUGCAACACUUGCAUUAUUAAAGCCGCCUGUGAAAAAAAUUAUUUUAUAGUCUAAACGUAGCUAUAGUAAGCAUAUUUUUUUACGUAUGUGAUAAAAUACAAGGGGACAUGUAAAUUAAUGGCUUAUUGAGUAUUUUAGAUUUAUUUGAAUAUUUUGAUGCGUGCGUUGAUAUAGCUCAGUACUGAUCAAGAUUUGUAAUUUUGUACUUGAAGUUGAAAUGAAUCCAUGUUCAUGCUUAUUAUCAUUCUUAUUCUCAAUUUCUCAUAAUACGCGAUUCUUGUUCUCAGAAACAAGAUUGAUCUAAGAUCAUUAAACGUUUUUGACAUAUAUUAUUUAUUGUUUAAAAAUAUAUUAUUUUACUAAUAUAAGACACUAUUAUUCUUAAAACAAGAUAAGAUACAUGAGCAUAUGUAAUAAUACUUACAGAAAUAUAAUUUUAUACUUGUAUGUUUUAAGAAAAUACAUUAUUAUUAUUAUGAAAAUACAAUAUUAUUAUAAUUGUAAUGUAACAAAACAAUCUAUAUAAUCAUAUGUACAUGUAUAUAAUUAUAUCCAAUGUGCAUUAACAAUUACACAUUAGCUAUUACAGAUUAUCAAUAAUACCCCUCAAAAGAUUUUUUAUGACUAAGCCAGACUAAGUUAAACUAGUCCCGUCUCUGAAAAAGAGUAUCACGCACUACAAAAAAAUAACUAUAAAGUGAGAAAUGAGUACGAACAUCGAUGCGUUUUAAUUUUAAGUUCAAAACUACAAAACUGGAGCAGCACUGAUGUAGAACCAAAAUUUGUUACGCGUUCAUAUGUGUACAAUUUUGUUUUUAUUCAUAAUUCUUAUUUUAUAAAAAGAUAAUUGUAAGGACAUUUUAUUUGUGAUGACUUUAUCUUUUGUAAUCAAAUUUCAAAUAAAAGCAUAAACUGCAACGUA